UCUCAGAAAAAGAGAGACAAAACUGGAGGAAGAGCGAAAGAGGGUUUUAAGUUUGGAUCAAAAAUGGUAGAAAUUCAUGAUAAAUCUCCAUCUACAGAUAAAGAGACUUUGUUAGUGAACUACAUUGUUACUGGAAGCAAUGGAACUGAUCAUGAUGUUGACAUACCAUCAAAGGGGAGGGUUUUUGAUGAUGAUGAUGAAAUCUACAAUUUCUAUAAAGAAUAUGCUAAGAAGAUUGGGUUUCCUGUACACAGAAGAGCAAGAAAGAGAAAUGACGAUGGGGAUUUAAGGUGUGUGUCUUUUGGUUGUGCAAGAGGAGGUAAACAUCGAAGGAAAGUUGUAAACCCGAGAGGGAGUAUGGAAACUGGAUGUGGGGCUUAUAUUACAUGUCGAAGGCGACAAGGAGAUGGGAAAUGGGUUAUGUCAGUAGUUAGUUUAGAGCAUAAUCAUAAGUGUAAUCCGGAGGAUGUCAAGCUUUAUAAGUGUUUUGAACCAGUUUGUAGUAAUGCGCAGAAACAAAGGCGGAUUGAUCUUAAUGGUGGGGCAUCGACUGUGAAGAAGAAGGCGAAAACAGCAGUUCAGAAUGAGGGUCUAGGUUGUGCGGAAAUGGGUGCUGAGAGAAAUGCAACUGGUGAUGGAAGACGUCUACGGAUUGGCAAGGGAGAUGUGGAAGCGCUUUUGAAAUUUUUUGCGAAGAUGAAUGGUGAAAACGCGGGGUUCUAUUGGCAAGCUGAAUUUGAUGAGGAAAAUUAUUUGAAGAAUGUUUUUUGGGCAGAUGGCAUGAGUAGAGCAGCUUACAAAGAUUUUGGGGAUGUAGUUAGCUUUGAUACGAAAUAUUUGGUAGAUAAAUAUGAUUCGCCUUUGGUUGCCUUUGUUGGUGUUAAUCAUCACGGGCAGACGAUUUUACUUGGUUGUGGGUUGGUUUCCAGUGAAGAUACCGAAGCAUUUGUAUGGUUGUUUACUGAGUGGUUGAUGUGUAUGUCGGGAAAAGCUCCCAAAGCAAUAAUAACGGACCAAGCAAAGGCGAUUCAAAAUGCCAUAGAAAUCGUAUUUCCUCAAACUAGGCACAGAUGGUGUUUAUGGAGUGUCAUGAAAAAGCUUCCCGACGAAUUUGGUAAACACGACAAAUGUUUGGAUAUCGCUUCUGACAUGAAAGCUGCAGUGUAUGAUACACAAUCUUCAGAUGAGUUUGAACAGUUGUGGCAUUGGAUGUUGGUCGAAUAUGGCUUGCAAGACAACCAAUGGUUGAAGUAUUUGUUUGAAGAAAGGAGUCGCUGGGUACCAUGUUAUCUGAAAGAAACAUUUUGGGCAGGAAUGUCAACUACUCAAAGAAAUGAAGGAAGUAACAUGUUUUUUGACGGGUAUAUAAAUCCAAGUUCUUCAAUUAAACAGUUUGCGGAGCAGUACGAAGUUGUGUUAAGGAAGAAGGUGGAAAAGGAAAAGCUAGCGGAUGAUACGUCGUCUCAAAAAACUAUUCCCUUAGUAACUACUUACCCUAUGGAGAAACAGAUACAAAAAAGGUACACUAACUCAAAAUUUAAAGAAUUUCAAGUUGAGUUAUUAGCAAUGUUGUAUUGUAGCUUCACCAAGAUUGAAAGAACACCUACCCAUACGAUCUACAACAUCCAAGAAGACGUAUAUAAUGAGGAUUUUCGUAAAAAUAUGACUUUUCAUGCAACAUAUAAUGCAGAAGAAUGUGAUGUUCAUUGUACUUGUCAGAAGUUCUCAUUUGAUGGAAUUCAAUGCAGGCAUGCUCUAAGUGUUUUGUGUCAUAACAGUGUAAGAAAACUCCCAGAUAAGUACAUCUUGAGAUGGUGGCGGAAAGAUGUGAUAAGAGAUCAUACAAAGGUUAAAGUGGGGUUCAGUUGUUGGACUAACGAUGAUGCGACUAAGCGUUACCAUGAUUUGUGUACUAAAUUUGCUGAACUUGCUGCUUUGGCAGCAAAUGAUGAGACGCUUUAUCGCGAUAUUGUCAACUGGUUGGAUUGUAAAAAAAAGGAACUGCAACAGACAGUUAUCAAAGAAAGCUAAGGAAAGCAAAAAACUCAAUGGAGAACAACUUGGAAGAAAAUGUAGAGGAGAUGGUAGAUAAAGAUGGUGAAAGUGAAGAAGGUGAUAAAACGUAGAGGUGUUAUUUUCAUCAAUUUAAAAUUUGAUGAAAAGGUAGACAAACGGUAUCAAAUGUAGGAGUGUAAACUGCAAUGGGGUUGUUUUGUUUUGAUUUGUGGUGGUGGGAUCAAGAAACCUCGUCCUUCAAUGUCAUAAUGACUUCUCCAGACAAGGAAUACUUGUACUUGUAUGGGGUUUCCUCCAUUGAGCAGUGGAAGGUCAAAACACACAUUCAUCAUUGACUUUGCUAGGGAUGCUCUGCGAGAGAAAAGGACUGGUAAGCAUUAGUUGCAGGCAACGGUGAUGUAUGGCUACUUUGCUGCUGGUUUCACUUUUAGUUCCGUUUCUGCUUAUCAAUUAGAAUUAACAAAGAUUGCCUGUGGUUUAACUCUACUGAAUUUGGAAAUUUAUUUAGUUCUGUUUCUGCU